UUUUGUGGGGAGAGCCAGGUCCGCGGCGCAGAUCCGGCGGCGGCGGCGGCAACAUGGAGAACGGAGCGGUGUACAGCCCCACCACCGAGGAGAACCCGGGCUCCGCCAGGGGCGCCCGCGGCUUCGCUGCCUACUUCUCGCUGACCCGGCUCCCGUGGUAUCGACGCGUUCUCAAGGUCUUGCAGCUGCUGCUGUCUCUGCUGGCCUUCAUCUGUGAAGAGGUUAUACCAGAAUGUACUUUGUGUGGAGGACUAUACUUUUUUGAAUUUGUAAGCUGUAGCGCCUUUCUCCUGAGCCUCCUCCUGCUGAUUGUGCACUGCACUCCACUGCAUGACCGUGUUGAUGCGGGAAAGGUCAAGUCAUCUGAUUUUUAUAUCACGUUGGGAACAGGAUGCGUAUUUUUGUUGGCGUCUAUCAUUUUUGUUUCUACUGAUGGCAGAACCAUAGCUGAAGUUGCUGCAAGUUUUGGAUUUAUAGCAAGUUUUAUGUUCCUGUUUGACUUCAUUGCUAUGUUGUAUGAAAAACGACAAGAGGCCCAGCUGAGAAAACCUGAGACUACCAAAGCAGAAGCCCUCACAGAACCACUGAACGCUUAAAGCUGAGGAGCUAUGAAGCAGAAGAGGGCAACUUCACCCACACCCGCCCUGGCACGAAGCUUUCAUGUGUCUAACUGUUUAAGCCUAGGGCAGGUGCAGGAGGGCAGUGCUGUCAAUAUUGGACUUUAUGGCUGUCACUGCAAAUUAGGUUGGAGGGGUUUUUAUUAUUUUUUAAAACUUUGCUACUAAAAUUGGUCUCAUGCAGGAUUUUUUUAGGAGGAGAGGGAUUGCUUGUUUAAAUCACAUAGGUCCACUGAUGAUAAAUGAUUAUGUUGCUCUGCUACAGGGCAUUCUGUUAUGUGGCUUAGCUUCUAAAUUACCAUAUAGUACUGUGUAAACAGCAUGGUUGUAUUCAGCCAUUUAGAAGUUUGAUUUUAAAAUUAAUUUGCUUAGCUAUUAAUGAUUACUGUUGAAGAUUAGAUUAUGUUCUGUUAUUAGAAAAGUAAUGUUUAUUUAAGAGAUCCAUAUUUAAAAUAUUGGUGUUAGGGUUUUUUCUUAAUAUAUAAUACUUGGCCUUACUGUAUCUCACUCAGCUUUAAACUUAUGGUAACUGUUUAGGAUAAUCACUUUUUCUGAGACUUUGUAUAGCUUACUAUAAAAUAUAUGGAAGAUGUUGGUAUUUUAUAUGUAUAAAAGCAACAUCAGCAACCUCAUGAUUAUAUUGCACUUUGGUUGGAGAUGUGUAACAUAUAGAAAAAUGGUAAAAAUAGAUAUUACACCUAAAGACCAAAGAAAGGCUAGACUUUUGCCCACCUACAGUGGAAAUAAAAACAGACUUCAAACGCUUAGUGCGUAUGUGAAGAGGUGAGUUCAUAUUGAGGUAGAACCAGUCAGUCAUCUUAUUGGCAUGUGUUGUUUCUACUUAAAUAAUGCAGCUCCACAGGCUCUCAGGGUUUUCUUUGAGCCAGUCUU